AUACACGCUCACACACACGCACACGGGCACAUACACACCCCGCGCCGGCUCCGUUCGGCCGAGCCCCCGCCCCACAGCGCUCCGCGAUCAGCACCCAGGACAGCGCCAGCCACACGCGUGCGGGGGCGGGGUCCGGGCGGGGCCGGCGCCUCGGUGUCUCUCGGGAGGGUCCUGUCUAGACACCGAGCAGAAAGAACAGUAAGACCCCGCCGCCAUGUUCCCGGAGCCCCCAACACCGGGGCCUCCAGCGACCGACACGCCUCCUGACUCGAGUCGCAUCAGCCACGGCCCUGUGCCCCCCUGGGCUCUGGCCACCAUCGUGCUGGUCUCAGGCCUCCUCGUCUUCAGCUGCUGUUUCUGUCUCUACCGGAAGCGUUGUCGGAGGCGGAUGGGCAAGAAGAGCCAGGCUCAAGCCCAGGUCCACCUUCAGGAAGUGAAGGAGCUGGGCCGGAGUUACAUAGACAAGGUGCAGCCAGAAGUGGAGGAGCUGGAGCCGACACCAUCUGGGCCAGGGCAGCAGGUGGCAGAGAAGCAUGAACUAGGACGACUACAGUACUCACUGGAUUAUGAUUUCCAGAGUGGCCAGCUGCUGGUGGGCAUCGUGCAAGCUGAGGGAUUGGCAGCCUUGGACCUAGGUGGCUCCUCUGACCCCUACGUGCGGGUUUACCUGCUGCCAGACAAACGGAGGCGGCACGAGACCAGGGUGCAUCGGCAGACGCUGAACCCACACUUUGGGGAGAACUUUGCCUUCAAGGUCCCCUACGUGGAGCUGGGGGGCAGGGUACUGGUCAUGGCAGUAUACGACUUCGACCGCUUCUCCCGCAACGACGCCAUUGGGGAGGUGCGGAUCCCCAUGAGCUCCGUGGACUUGGGGCGGCCAGCGCUGGCCUGGCGGGAGCUGCAGGCGGCUCCUCGGGAGGAGCAGGAGAAACUAGGUGACAUCUGCUUCUCCCUCCGCUAUGUCCCCACGGCCGGGAAGCUCACCGUCAUCGUCCUGGAGGCUAAAAACCUGAAGAAGAUGGAUGUAGCAGGGCUGUCAGAUCCGUAUGUCAAGGUCCACCUGCUGCAGGGCGGCAAAAAGGUGCGGAAGAAGAAAACGACCAUCAAGAAGAAUACUCUGAACCCCUAUUACAACGAGGCCUUCAGCUUCGAGGUGCCCUGUGACCAGGUCCAGAAGGUUCAGGUGGAGCUGACUGUGCUAGACUACGACAAGCUGGGCAAGAACGAGGCCAUCGGGAGGGUGGCCGUAGGGGCAGCGGCCGGGGGCGCUGGCCUGCGGCACUGGGCAGACAUGCUGGCCAACCCCCGGCGGCCCAUCGCCCAGUGGCACUCGCUGCGGCCCCCUGACCGAGUGAGGCCACCGCCAGCACCCUGAUCCCCACCCUCAAGCCCCUGACCCCAGACUCCUGGCCAAAGCCACGUCCAUGCCCACCUUUAAGCCUUCUCUGAACGCUAACACCCGCCCCCCAGUCUACCCAUUCCUGCCUUCUCCCCACCCCCAUUAUGCCAAUCAUGAUAACCUACCAACUCCCCCAAUAUGGCACAUGCCCAGAAGCCCCAGGGACCCCUGGAAGAGGGGAGCAGUCUGGGCUCCCGCCAUCCCAGGGUCCUGCCCUCUGCUUUGACAAUCAGUGAUCCCAGCCUACUAUCCCCUUGGCUCCCAGUACCCCUUUUCCUGCACAGUAUCACCCACUCCUGUCCCCGGUCUGAUUCCUGCACCGCUCCUGGGACCAAAUAAAUACUC